CUUUCAAAAGUGAAAACAGUUGGAAGCCAUUUUCGAUCAUAUAAUCCUUCGUUUCUCUUUCUAGAGCUGUGUGUUUGGGACGACUUGCUGUCGUUAAAGAAGAUUGAAGAAAAGCUAAGAAGGAAUUGUAGUAGUAAUAAUAACAAUAAUGGGAAGUAUUGAUAGAAAAUCGUCCAUUGAAAAUGAGCCAAGAACUCUCAAAAUGCAUCAAAUCCAAUUUGCAAGAGAAGCAGCACUUUAUGUAAUGAACACAGCAACAAUAGAAGAAGCGAUGAAGAUUUUCACAGAGGGAUUACAACCAGUGGAAUGUAAAGCAAUUAUGGAAGAUAAAGAUUCAAUAGUGAAAAAUUGGUACCAUGAUGAAGAGAUUGAUGAGUCGUUACAACCUUUUUAUCAACUUAGAGACAUUGUCUCUGCCCCUUUUUAAUUUUUCUUUUUCUUUUGAUGAAAAUACACACACAUGUAAAGGUUUCUGUCUUCAUUCUUUUAGUUGAAAGGAGCAAGUCUUAAUUUCCAUCCAUUCAUCCUUUUUUAAAAAAAAAAGAAAGAAAGAACAAUGGUUCAACUUUUUGUAAUGUUUUAAUAGUAAUGUAAAUAAUUAAGGAGCUUUCAAUUGUUGUUAUUGGUGGAAAUUUUAAAUUAAUAAAUAGUUUACACAAUUUGAAUA